AUUGGCAUUAAGAAAACCCAUCUAUUCCCCGCACAAAAUUUCAUUUUUAGAGCGGCAAAGGAGAUGGGUUUAGGCUUAUCAGUCUUAAUAGCUAUAAAGGCAACGGCAUGGAUGUUAUUAUAUCUCUUCUUCAGUAGAUUUGGGUUCACAGUGUUGGCAAUACCAUUGUUGUAUGCAUCAUUGAUUUCAUGGCUUGUUUCAAUUGCUUCUCACCCUUCAAUCGACCUUCCCAUGCUUUUGGGCAAAAACCCAGAUGGGACUUUCCCAAUUUUGUCCACUAUCAUGUUCUCCCCAUAUCUGUAUUUUGCUAGAGCUUUUUCAAUGGUGAGAAGGUUCCUUAGUGGUGAAGAACCUUACUCUCAAAUAUGUGAGGGUUUAUAUGUUGGUGGUUGGCCUGCUUCACCUCGUUUAUUGCCGCCUGGUAACCCUGCCAUUAUUGAUUGCACAUCUGAAUUCCCAAGAAUAAAGGAGUUCAAGGGUCAUUCAUAUUUAUGUGUUCCUACUUGGGACACAAGGGCACCUCAGCCAGGCCAGAUAGAAUCAGCUGUGAAGUGGGCAUGUCGAAAGAGAGCUCGAAAUCAGCCUGUUUACGUCCACUGUGCUUAUGGCCAUGGUCGAAGUGUUGCUGUGAUGUGUGCAUUACUAGUGGCUUUAGGCGUUGUGGAAAACUGGAAAGCCGCUGAAAAAUACAUACGAGAAAGGCGGCCUUGUAUUAAAAUGAACUCUCUCCACUACAAAGCUUUAGAAGAAUGGUCUAGUUCUAGACUAUCUUCUCCUAAGAGAAAUGAAGAACUGGAUGUAAAUUCAGUUAGUCAGUCAAACUCCUCUGGUAACACAAAGGCUUCAAUGGUGGAAAACAAAAUUGAUUGAUUUUUAUGAAAGUAGUCUUGGUCAUUAUUUCCUAAUUUACAUUGUCAAUGGUUGUAGUUUGUACUCGUCCUUGUUAUGUGCUGCUUAAAGCUCCCAUGGAUAUGGUAUAUUCUAAUGAUAUGAUAUUCUUAAGCUA